CUGUUACACAGGAAGAUAAAAGUGAACUUAUGAAAAUCGUUUUAGUGCUUGAUUGCAGGUUGCAGCCAGGCAGGCUCUUUUACUGAUGAGUUGUUUGAAAAACAGGCUGGCUGUCCAUAUCCUGACAGAAAGCACUCAGUCAUGGGGACUGAAACAGGAUCAGCAAUGAAACUGGAGGUACCAGAAACAUUUGAUGAUGUUGCUGUUGAUUUUUCAAUAGAAGAAUGGAAGAUGUUGAGCAAAGAAGAAAAGGAGCUACACCGGGAGGUGAUGGUACAGAAUUUUGAAUACAUGGUUUCAGUAGGGUAUGACAUCCCAGUACGGACACUGUUGCUGCUGCUUGACAAACCCAGAGACGUUCCAUUUAAUGUGAUUCAAGAAGAUGUCAUCAGGCUUAGAAAUGAUUUUACUGAAGCCCACCUCAUCAUCAACAGGUGUAUGAAUCACAGCGAGUUUCAGAGACAACAAACAACGCAGAAUUUCCAGAAACCUAAACAUGAAGAUAAUUUUAAAGAUAAGAUAGAAACACAAAAUGAGGAGAAGCCGUAUAAAUGUGUCACAUGUGACAGGUGCUUCGCAUUUGAAUCUGUCCUUAAAAAUCAUCAGAGAAUUCACAGUGGGGAGAGGAUGUUUUCAUGUUCAGCCUGUGACAGGUGUUUUACACGGAGGGAUACAUUGUUAAAUCAUGUGAAACUACAUACAGGAGAGAAACUGUAUAAAUGUGCCGCAUGUGACAAGUGUUUUACUUUGAAGAAUCGACUGAUAAGGCAUGAGAAAACACAUACCGGGGAGAAACCAUAUAAAUGUGAUAUAUGUGGAAGGAGUUUUACCGAAAGGAGUACCUUAUCAGCACAUGAAAAAAUACACACUGGAGAGAAAUUAUAUAAAUGUGCUACAUGUGAAAAAUGUUUUAGACACAAAAGUGCCCUGUCAGUGCAUGAGAAAAUACACAGUGGACAGAAGCUGCAUAAAUGUAUUAUAUGUGGCAGGUGUUUUACUCUAAAGAGCACACUUUUAGUACAUAAAGAACUGCACAGCGGAGAAAAGAAAUAUAAAUGUACAAUGUGUGACAAAAGUUUUAAACACAGGAGCACUCUAACGACACAUAAAAAAAUGCACACUGAAGAGAAGCCAUAUAAAUGUGCUACAUGUGAUAAAAGAUUUAUGCGCAAGAAAACCUUUGCAAUACAUGAGAAAAUGUGUUGUGAACGUCUAGAGAAAAACGAUGAGCAGAAUCUAUUUAAAUGUGCUACAUGUGACAAAAAUUUUACAUAUAGGAGUACCUUGUUAACACAUGAGAAAAUACAUAGUGGGGAGAAGCUGUAUAAAUGUGAUACAUGUGGCAAGAGUUUUACACAGAAGAGUAACCUCUCUACUCAUGAAAAACUACAUAUCGGAGAGAAGCCAUAUAAAUGUCUUAUAUGUUACAUGAGUUUUACACAGAAAUCUUAUCUUGUUAGGCAUGAGAAAAUGCAUGUGGGAGAGAAACCAUACAAGUGCACUACAUGUGACAAGAGAUUUGCACAUAAGAGUCUUCUGUCGGCGCAUGAAAAAAUUCACAGUGGAGAGAAACCAUUUAAAUGUGCAUCGUGUGACAAAAGCUUCAUACAGAAGGCAUAUCUUUCUAAACAUGAAAAAAUACACAGUGGAGUUAAGCUGUAUAAAUGUACUACGUGUGACAGAAGUUUUACAUUCAAACAUACUUUGUCAGUCCACGAGAGAACACACACUGGGGAGAGGCUGCAUAAAUGUGUCACGUGUGGCAGAUGUUUUACACACAAAACUAACCUAGUUGCACAUGAAAAAAUACACACUGGAGAGAAGGGAUAUAAAUGUGCUACAUGUGGCAAGAGUUUUACACAGACAAGUACCCUCUCAAUACAUAAAAGAUUGCACAUCGGAGUAAAGAAAUAUAAAUGUACAGUGUGUAAUAAAUGUUUUAUGCAUAAAAACAGCCUCAUAGCCCAUGAAAAAAUACACAGUGGAGAGAAGUUGUAUAAAUGUGCUACAUGUGACAAAUGUUUUACAUUCAAGCAUACACUGUCAGUACACGAGAGAACACACACUGGAGAGAAGCUUUAUAAUUGUACUACGUGUGACAAAAGUUUUGCUCACAGGAGCACCCUGUCAGCCCAUGAAAAAAUACACACUGGAGAGAAGUUGUAUGCUUGCACAGUAUGUGGUAAGAAUUUUACAAAGAAAAGCAAUCUCUCAGUGCAUGAGAACAUACAUAAACGACGUACCAAAGAGAAAGCAUACAAAUGUGUUACUUGUGACAAAAGCUUUACACACAAGAGUACCCUCUCCGCUCAUGCAAAAACACACAAUAUGUAUUCUUCAGUUUGAAGACAGCAUGGGCUUCCAUGUAUGCAUAGCUCUGUAGAUGUGGCACUACAUACAUAUGUGUUGAUUUCCUAACAUUCAAACUUAGUGAAAGUUCUGAGCAAUGAAAAAAAAAACACAUGACAUCCUUGCCCAGACAGUAGAAACAUUUUGGAAGUGAAUGGUUUUGGAAGUCAACCAGAAGUGGACAAGUGGUAGGUAAAACCAAAACGUACUAAACAGAAAAAAGGAAUGCAAAGAUCACCACCAAAGGAAAAGAAAAGGAAGUUGGUACCCCCCCCCCCAGAUGUAACAGCAAAUACAGAGAAGUGUUGGAACAGCCACAUGUCAAAAUACAACGCAUAAAUGGUGAUGGGGAGGAGAACUUGUAUGACCCCCCCCCCAAGAUGUAACAGCAAAUACAGAGAAGUGUUGGAACAACCACAUGUCAAAAUACAACGCAUAAAUGGUGAUGGGGAGGAUCACCACCAAAGGAAAAGAAAAGAAAGUUGGUACCCCCCCCCAGAUGUAACAGCAAAUACAGAGAAGUGUUGGAACAACCACAUGUCAAAAUACAAUGCAUAAAUGGUGAUGGGGAGGAGAACUUGUACGACCCCCCCCCCAGAUGUAACAGCAAAUACAGAGAAGUGUUGGAACAACCACAUGUCAAAAUACAACGCAUAAAUGGUGAUGGGGAGGAGAACUUGUACGACACACAAAAUACUGCUGAUAGUAACACAAAAUAAUGGGGUAUAUACAUUUUAAUUCACAAAACGUAAAAACACUGGAGGUGCUGAAAUAUAUGGGUUCUAUGUGACAGAAGUACAAAUGACUGAGUUCCAUAUGGCUGGCUGUGAUACACUUAAAUAAAUUAGGAUAAGCAUGCUGAAAGCUCAGUAAUGUGGCAGUGCUGACGUAUUGGAAACUGCAAACCUUACAGGAGUAGUCAUGAAGCACUAAAAAUGAAGGUCAAAGAACCACUGGAAAUGAUGGAAGUAAUAACCAGAAGGGAUUAUCCAAUACCUCCUUUUAAAAAAGUAGAGGAAAGAAAGCGUGAUUUUUGGCAAUAAAAAGAGGAUAAAAACAACACUCAUUAUUGUAAUAAAUGCAGAGAGUGAGUAUAAUGCCUUCAUACUGAGACUAGCAGGGAUAAAUGUCAAGAAGUAUAAGCUGGGACUAACUAGAAUAAUGUGGUGCAAGGAUGCCCAGAUGUUUCCGGUAAUAGCUUGAGUACCUACACUAAUAAAAAUAAUUUUAUUGUAUGCAAGAAUGCAAUGCCAAUGAAGGCAAACCACACUCUUUUCUAACUUCAAAAGACCAAAACAAAAUAUAUUUCAUGAAAUUUAACUAUACCUCUACCUAGAAAUGGGAUCAAUUCAUGCUGCAGCAUUAAAACACAACUAUUUGGAAAAAUUAAACAAGAAGGAAUAACAGUCAUGCAGGGUCGUCCUGCAUCAACUGUGGAUGAAAGAGAUGUGUGAGAAAUCCUGAUCUUCAACUUAAUUAAAAGAGACACCGACAGCUUUACUCAUUGAAGUAUUUAUGCCUGGUGAAGGCAGUAUCCUGUAUACGGAGGGAAAGGCAGUUAUAAAAUGAUGGGACAUACAAGCAGAAACAAGAAUGCCAUAGAACAAGGGUGCCCAGUUAUCACAAGUCAUGAGAACAAGUAGGAAAGUAUAUAAAUAUACUGCCAGUACAGUUACCCCGUAUGAACGACAGACAGUUAACCCCAUAUGAACCACAGACAGUUAACCCUGUAUGAACCACAGACAGUUAACCCCAUUUGAACCACAGACAGUUAACCCCAUUUGAACCACAGACAGUUAACCCCCUGUGAACCACAGAAUGAGGUACUUGUAAGUACAGUGUGGGUUCUGAGAGGUGCACUUUUGGCUAACAACAGAUACUGAUGCAAUACCGAUUUCAUAAUGUUCAGCUAUGCUCUGACUUUGGAACAGGGACCGUUCCUGACACAGCAAAAAAUAAAUAAAUAAAUAACUGUUUUGACAAAUUCAA